AAAACAAAUGUCAAAUUAGUGUUUAUUUCAUAAAAAUUUCGGGAAUUUUCUUCAUAUUAAUCACUAACCAUUGUACACGACCCGUGACUGAAGCCCUACAACUGCAACAAGAUGAAAAAAGCAUUCUUAUCGCGGAAAGGCAAGGCUAAGAAGAAUCUGGGACCCUGUACGCCAGUACGGAAUAUACGUACUCUCACCAUGGCCGGAAGUAUUGAACAACGUCCCUGGACGCCCACUGUGCGCAUUGGAAGAAUCGCCGCAGAGACCUCGAAUCCGGGACCAGCCAUAGUGCAGUUGCCCACGCUAAUUGGCAGCAAAGUGCCGGAUUCAAAGAAGAAGGGUGCACCCUCGUAUACAUUUGGACACAAAAUAACUACCAGGGAUGAAACCACUGGACCCGGCCCGGCUCAGUACAAUGUAUCGGGCUUACGGCCGAAAGGUAAAGAUUAUCCACGGGCAGCGACCUUACAGAGUCGUCCCAAGGAGUUGUCCUCGUUCGUGAAUCCCGGACCCGGUGAAUACGAUGUCCUGCCGGCCGCCAAGGCCGUCAUUGAUGCCACGCCCAAGUAUACGUUUGGCAAGAAGCCAGCGAGCGCCAAGUUUCAAUUGAUACCAGCGCCAAAUAGCUAUUGUCCUGAAAAGGUCACGCAAUCAAGAAAGAAUGCGCCACGUUACACAUUUGGUAGACGAACUAAAAUCCAACACGAUCUGAAUACACCAGCUCCUGGCGCCUAUAAUCCCGAAAGGGUGAGCUCCACAAAUGGCCCUGAAUACAGUUUUGGCAUCAAACACCAUGAGCUGCGACCCGAUUAUACGCCAGCACCUGGCACAUAUAGUCCUGAAAAGUCCAAAUUGCACACGACACCUGCUUUUAGUAUCACAGGCAAAACAACACACGAUGUAGUUGAUGCCACACCAGCGCCCUGCGCAUACGAGCCAGAGAAGUUUAUGUUAAAUAAUACGCCUGCCUACAGUUUUGGUCAACGUGCUCGAGUUGGCAAGUUACAAGAUACUCCCGGACCUGGCACGUAUCAGCCGGAGAAGUUUCGAUCGGAUUAUGGCCCCUCAUACACGUUAACAGACCGCCAUGACCUUAAAACAGAAAACUUGAACCCGGCUCCAGGCUGUUAUGCCCCAGAGAAAUAUCGCAGCGAUCACACGCCAUCGUUUAGCUUCGGUGGUAAGCAUGAGCAUCGAGUGGAAAGCUUUACUCCGGCACCGGGAGACUAUUGUCCUGAAAAAGUACGGCACGAUCACAAUCCUGCUUACUCAUUCGCUGGACGUCAUGACACACUUAAAGCAAGCGACACUCCGGCACCAGGCACCUACGAUCUAGCAAAAGUACGAUUAGGUCACAAUCCCGCUUUCUCCUUCGCUGGUCGCCACGACCUUCACAAGCCAAGUGAUACCCCAGCUCCUGGAGCGUAUUUCCCAGAGAAAUUUCGACAAGAUCAUAAUCCCGCAUUCUCCAUUGCUGGUAAACAUGAUCCAAAAAUCACGAACGGAACCCCAGCACCCGGAGAUUACUCCCCCGAGAAAUCUCGACUCGAUCAUACUCCCGCUUAUACCUUUGGUGGAAGAAAUGAGCCCAAAAUAGAGAACAAUACACCUGCCCCCGGUGAUUACCACCCCGAAAAGGUUAGACAAGAUCACAAUCCCGCUUUCUCCUUCGCUGGUCGCCACGAUCUUCACAAGCCAAGUGAUACCCCAGCUCCUGGAGCGUAUUCCCCAGAGAAAGUUCGACAAGAUCAUAAUCCCGCAUUCUCCAUGGCUGGCAAACACGAUCCAAAGAUCACGAACGAUACACCUGCCCCCGGUGAUUACCACCCCGAAAAGGUUAGACAAGAUCACAAUCCCGCUUUCUCCUUCGCUGGUCGCCACGAUCUUCACAAGCCAAGUGAUACCCCAGCUCCUGGAGCUUACUCCCCGGAGAAAGCUCGUCAAGAUCAUAAUCCCGCAUUCUCCAUGGGUGGCAAACAUGAUCCAAAGAUCUCAAAUGACACUCCAGCACCCGGGGACUAUUCUCCAGAGAAAUCUCGACUCGAUCAUACUCCCGCUUAUUCUUUUGGUGGAAGGAAUGAUCCCAAAAUAGAGAACAAUACACCUGCCCCCGGUGAUUACCACCCCGAAAAGGUUAGACAAGAUCACAAUCCCGCUUUCUCCUUCGCUGGUCGCCACGAUCUUCACAAGCCAAGUGAUACCCCAGCUCCUGGAGCGUAUUCCCCAGAGAAAGUUCGACAAGAUCAUAAUCCCGCAUUCUCCAUGGCUGGCAAACACGAUCCAAAGAUCACGAACGGAACUCCAGCACCCGGAGAUUACUCCCCCGAGAAAUCUCGACUUGAUCAUACUCCCGCUUAUACCUUUGGUGGAAGGAAUGAUCCCAAAAUAGAGAACAAUACACCUGCCCCCGGUGAUUACCACCCCGAAAAGGUUAGACAAGAUCACAAUCCCGCUUUCUCCUUCGCUGGUCGCCACGAUCUUCACAAGCCAAGUGAUACCCCAGCUCCUGGAGCGUUCCCAGAGAAAGUUCGACAAGAUCAUAAUCCAUUCUCCAUGGCUGGCAAACAUGAUCCAAAGAUCACGAACGGAACUCCAGCACCCGGAGAUUACUCCCCCGAGAAAUCUCGACUUGAUCAUACUCCCGCUUAUACCUUUGGUGGAAGGAAUGAUCCCAAAAUAGAGAACAAUACACCUGCCCCCGGUGAUUACCACCCCGAAAAGGUUAGACAAGAUCACAAUCCCGCUUUCUCCUUCGCUGGUCGCCACGAUCUUCACAAGCCAAGUGAUACCCCAGCUCCUGGAGCGUAUUCCCCAGAGAAAGUUCGACAAGAUCAUAAUCCCGCAUUCUCCAUGGCUGGCAAACAUGAUCCAAAGAUCACGAACGGAACCCCAGCACCCGGAGAUUACUCCCCCGAGAAAUCUCGACUAGAUCAUACUCCCGCUUAUACCUUUGCUGGACGGAAUGAUCCCAAAAUAGAGAACAAUACACCUGCCCCCGGUGAUUACCAUCCCGAAAAGGUUAGACAAGAUCACAAUCCCGCUUUCUCCUUCGCUGGUCGCCACGAUCUUCACAAGCCAAGUGAUACCCCAGCUCCUGGAGCUUACUCCCCGGAGAAAGUUCGACAAGAUCAUAAUCCCGCAUUCUCCAUGGCUGGUAAACAUGAUCCAAAGAUCUCAAAUGACACUCCAGCACCCGGGGACUAUUCUCCAGAGAAAUCUCGACUCGAUCAUACUCCCGCUUAUUCUUUUGGUGGAAGGAAUGAUCCCAAAAUAGAGAACAAUACACCUGCCCCCGGUGAUUACCAUCCCGAAAAGGUUAGACAAGAUCAUAAUCCCGCUUUCUCCUUCGCUGGUCGCCACGAUCUUCACAAGCCAAGUGAUACCCCAGCUCCUGGAGCGUAUUCCCCAGAGAAAGUUCGACAAGAUCAUAAUCCCGCAUUCUCCAUGGCUGGCAAACAUGACCCAAAGAUCUCAAAUAACACCCCAGCACCUGGAGAUUACUCACCGGAGAAAACUCGAUUGGAUCAUACACCCGCUUACACAUUUGGUGGCAGAUAUGACCCCAAAGUGGACAACCAUCAACCUUCGCCAUGCGACUACUCGCCCGAGAAAGUACGCCUUGAUCAUACACCUGCCUACACAAUUGCAGGUCGCUCGACAAUCGAGCAUAUUAGCCAUACUCCAGCGCCCUGUGACUACAGACCGGAGAACUGUCAGCAGGAUGGCUCGCCGGCUUUCACUUUCGGCAUGAGGCUGAAUAGGGAGCAUAUCAGUGAUACACCAGCACCCACUGCAUAUGAACCGGAAAAGCACACACAGCACACACCAGCCUUCACAUUUGGCACGAGAACUGAGAUUAAGGUCUCCACCGAUGCACCUGCUCCCGGACAUUAUCAUCCCGAACAGUGCAAGCUUGAUAAUUCACCAGCGUAUAGUUUUGGUCUUAAGACUUUACCUAUGCCCCUUUUACCUGAACCUAGAGGUGCUUACAUUGAAGAUCGUAUACUGCAAAGACGUGAGCGACGCUUGGGAAGUCCCGUACGCAGCAAUGGCAUUGAUAGCACCACUGGCACCACUGGCACCACUGCAACCACCACAACAACAACAGUCACCGAGAAGCGCAUCGUAAAUGGUGUCAGUCCGGCGGAACUUGUAAAUGGAAAUAGUCAUCAGGAGGCGACAACUACGACAAUCACAGCAAAGCACAACGGCACCACAAAUGGCAUCACUUGCACAGAGCUGAAACCCACAAGCACCACAACCACAACAACGAAGACAACCACCACCAAGAGUGUAGGGCAUGAUAAGGAUCAAUCAAAGUCCAUGGAGGCAACGUUGCACCACUCGGAGAACGCACAGGCUCAGCGGGGCAAUGUAAAGGUAACAGCCAUGGGCACCGCUGAUGCCACCACCAGCAAGGCGGCCAACACGAGCACACGCACUGUGGUGCAGGAUGAUGGCACAAUUGUGACCAGCGGCAGGUCGACAAGGUCAAGUAGGGUCAAGUACGCUGUGGAGGCGAGCAGCGUGCAAGAGAAGAUUAUCAGCUCCUAACGUCUAUAAGAUACCCACUGUGUUGGGCAGCAGCAAGGAGGGUCCCAUACGUUCGGCACCCGCUUUUACCAUGGCCGGACGGGAGAAGGACUCGCUUAUACCGACGCUCGUACUGCCCGGUCCCGGGUAUUACG